GCCUGAUCUCGUCAAACAACACAAAAAUGCCCGGUAACAGCCAGCAUUACGCUUAAUGGAGCCGGAAACCCUACCAUAAUCGACCAACAUUACUGCAAUGGAGAACGUUGGGCAGAGCAGCCAGACUGACAUUCACUGUUGCCCGAGGAACUGUUCAUAUUCAGUUGUGCAAGCAAUGACGUUGGACUGUGCAGCAAUAGGUUGCAACAACAGCAGAUUGGAUCAAGAAGAUAUUGCCUCAUCGGUGGCUGGAAAGCAGACUACUGCAUUUUGCAGCAAUGCUUAUGAAACAUCUGUCACUACAGCGCCUCCUGUACCUUGUCUCUCAAAGUGAGAAAUUGCCUAGGAUUUUUUAGUACAUUAAUUGCCGUGUAGUUAAAUCCUUGGUUAUAUUUGGAAAAGGUGAUUAAUUCAAUUUUAUUGAACAAAUAAUUAACCUGGUACUUCAUUUUUAGGAUGUUUCUGCACUUCAAGAAACUGUUUCGUCAAUCCAAUACAAGUCUUAUUCCCUAAAAGCUGCUAGUGUUUCUCAGUAUUGUUCGUCGAAGCAUGGAUCUCGAACCCCGAAAUUCUAAAUGCAGAGUGAAAUGGGAGCACUCUGUAAUCUAAACUAUAUGAUUCCUGCAAAUUUUAAUUUACAAGAUUUAUCCAUAAUAUGCAUUGCAAUAUGCUAAUUGCUAGAGUUUAUGCAAAUAUCAGACCCACUGUCUCACUUGCUAGUUGCUAGAGCUAAUUGCUAGCACUAAGUUUCAUGUGCCAAUUAAAUUUCAAUCAAUUAGGAAUUAGGCACUCAAAUAUAUCAGAACAAACUCAUUCUUAGAAGUAUAAAUUAGACUGCUUCGCUAGCUGGACUCAUUCAGAAUCUGACAAAACAAACACCUGACCUCACGAAGCUCAGUUCAUGACCAGCACUACUAUCAGGAAAGAAUAGACUGUUAGGUGAACUUGUAUUUCGUUUUAUACUUUCCAUUGGUUUGAAACAUGUUGAGGACUCUCACUCUAUAAAACUAUGGUCUACAAAUCAUUCUGAAAGCAUAGGCAUGUACUCAGUAGUCAUUAAGUUUAUUCGACCGAAAAUAGUCACUUAGACUCUCACACAAUUCCUAUACGAAACUCACAACCUGACAUUUCAUAACUUUCAGAGUCCGAGUUCGUGUGGGCAUUUUUGAAGUAGAUUGCAUAGUUAACAUGUUUUAAUUUAGUUCUUAGUUUAGUCCUUAUCAGAAUCCAACUAGAUUUCCUUCCUUAUAUGCACCCUAUUCAGAUUUAUCUCAGUAGGUCUGAACUUGCUCAAAUUUAGUGAAUGCAGAAGGUUGGUGGUAUCUAGUAACUCUAUGCAGAGAUAAGCAUGAAAAUAAAUUAUGAUUUUGUUUGAUACCCUAGAUGGUUAUUAUGCUUUGUUAAUAUCUGAAAACUUAAAUGUCCAGAUAAGAUUGUUUACUACACAGAUUCCUGUCCUUAUUAGCCAACUUGCCAUAACGAAUCCACUGUGGGGUGGGACAGGACUGGAGUCUUGGUUGACCAAAAACAAGUAGUUUAAGCAAAGAUAGGGCUUCUGCAUGCCAAUGCAGGAAGUGAUAGACAUCUGCAACUCUUAGAGGCUGAGCACAACUUGGACAGCAAUAUUUUUUGAACCUUUCUUCAGAUAUAAUGAUGAAAGAACGGUUUUAUUUGCUUAACUAUGCCACAUGGUGAAUUUGUCUUGACUGGAAACUGAAAUUGCCUAGAAUCCAAUGCACUCCUUACCAGGUUAGAUAAUGCCAAUGUGCACAAAAAAUAAAAGUAAAGAAAAUGUGAGAUAAAUUAUGUUGUAACAGACUAGAUUUUUUUCUAAAUUUGCUGUUACCGACCAAAAAAUUAAUCAACCUUGGUAAAUUUCAUGGACAUAAUUAGAUUUAGUUAGCUAAUAUGAUCUAUGUCAUGCCUUGCAUACUGUUUUUAGUCUCAUUUCUCAGACUGGAGCAAUAGUUUCAGAAUCCAAGGUAAACAAAAUUUAGAUGACAAAAACUAUAAUUACAAGUAUAUCUAGCCAAAAUGGUCAGGAUAAGUUUGAAAUUCAAAAAUGCAAAUUCUUGUCAUGAAUCAUACCAGAAACCAGGUUCAAAUUAAUGUCCAGUGCAGGCUAAUGAUGACAUUAAAAUGGGAGGAGGCAAACAAGGCAAGUCCACAACAGAACCAGUAGUGUCACUUGUCACUUUCUUAAUUCUGAAACGCAUUGGAAGUUACAGAAAACCUACUCUGAGUAGCCAACACCCGUUGUCAUCAGAAUUUAACCAAGAAGAGAUUAGUAAAUGGAGGGUGUAUGAUGGUUAAGGGAAAGAUUAAUAAUAAAGCGUGUAGCUUACGUGCUUCCACGUGUGGCAUAAAGUCUCAGGCAGCCUUAUUAUAGAUUUUCAGGAAAUCUAUGGAGGAUUCUCUUUCGCACCUAUAUUUCCGAUGGACCUGCUCAAUUCAGCUGAUUCUUAUUGACAUUUCUGUGCCUGAACUUAAUAGGUUACGCAAUUCGGAAAAAAAAAUUAGGCUAUAUUAAGGCUGCUUUCUUAGUGAAUUCAGACCACCAUUUCUAUUCAUUAUUCCACACACACACACACUCUAUACUACCAUAAUGGCCUCUAUCACAGUUGACCAGUUACAUGCUUAUCAUGCCAUUGAUCGAGAGGUCUUUUCUCGAUUGGUGAUAAAUCUUAAGCGAAACCCUGCUGAGUCUCUGCUGGUCAUAGCUGUGUGGCUAUGGCUGGAAUACAAGCGUUAUCCUAAUGUCAUAGCAAAAAUGACGAGCCUAGCGGAUACUGUGUUGAACAUCGUGGCCAAUGAAGCUGCACUAUGCUUGAAUUUUCUAGAAUCCACCAACCUUCCGAUCAUACCUAAUGGUGGUGGCCUCCCUUUUACUUCUAUAGUCAUUGGAAAGGACAUUUCAUUGGAAAUGUUCCUUCAGAAUAAAUUUACUGCAAUAAGUGGAAUAAAGAAUUUUCUUAACACGGUCUGUGCUCGUAUAUUCACUGAUAUUUUGCAGUGUGUUUUAGCAGGCACAUCACAAUUGAUUGGAAACCAACCUCUUGUUGUUCCUGGUUUUCCUCAUCCAGUAUUUGGUGAUGUCACUAUACUGGCAAGGUCCAUUGACAAUGAUUUUCCUGCAGGAGGACUCUGGGUUUGGGACCCUGCCCUUACUGUUCCUGAGAAUGACAGGACAAUGUUUCUUACUUUCUCAAGGGGUUUUCCUGUGACGAAUGAGGAAGUGACAGAACUUUUUACAAGUAUCUGUGGUGAUUGUGUUGUUAAUAUUCAAAUGCAAGCAAAUUCUCAAUCUAAUGAACAACCUUUGUAUGCAAAAAUGAUUAUGCGCACUGUCACAGCUGUUGAUCAGGUCCUGUGUGGGAGACGUGUAGCAAAGUUUCGGAUCAAUGGCAAGCACAUAUGGGCUCGGAAGUAUGAACGCAGGGAGUAGUUCGACGGAGCCUAAUUCUAUGAUUGCAUAGCAUUGUGGUUCACCCUUUGUUGUUGCAGAAUAAAAUCAACGUUUGGCCACAGAUUUGUUUUCUAUUGUGAUAUCGGUUCUCUCCUAAUUUGGUUUGUUCAACUUUUCUCUUAAAACUUUUUCCAUUUGUGUGUCAUUGGCAUGCAUUAUGAAUUAUAUCGGUUGCCAUUACUUAUUGUCGCAAUUAAUUAAUCAUAGCUUAUUUCAGUAA